AUGGAAACCAGCCCAGCAGCCAACCAGCGGCUUAACCAGGGAUACUCCUCUAGUAACCAGGGGUACUCCUCUAGUAACCUGGGGCGCUCCUAUAGUAACCAGGGAUACUCCUCUAGUAACCUGGGGCACUCCUCUUGUAACCAGGGGUACUCCUCUAGUAACCAGGGGUACUCCUCUAGUAACCAGGGUUACUCCUCUAGUAACCUGGGACACUCCUCUAGUAACCAGGGUAACCAGGGAUACUCCUCUAGUAACCAGGGGUACUCCUCUAGUAACCUGGGGCGCUCCUAUAGUAACCAGGGAUACUCCUCUAGUAACCUGGGGCACUCCUCUUGUAACCAGGGGUACUCCUCUUGUAACCCGGGGCGCUCCUAUAGUAACCAGGGGUACUCCUCUUGUAACCUGGAGCGCUCCUCUAGUAACCAGGGGUACUCCUCUUGUAACCUGGGGUGCUCCUCUAGUAACCAGGGGCACUCCUCUUGUAACCAGGAGCACUCCUCUUGUAACCAGGGGCACUCCUCUUGUAACCAGGAGCACUCCUCUUGUAACCAGGAGCACUCCUCUUGUAACCAGGGGCACUCCUCUUGUAACCAGGGGCACUCCUCUUGUAACCAGGAGCACUCCUCUUGUAACCAGGGGCACUCCUAUAGGUACAAUACUGAGCAGCAUGAGAGGGAAAUGGGUUCAAAAUGGAACGUGGGAGAGGGGGAUGAGAUAGAGUAG